GCUAGGAGGUGGCUCCACCAGCUGGUGCCCUGGUGCCCCAAUAAAGUCCAGGCCAGGGGCGUCACCAGCCAACCCCUGGGAAGCUGCCAAGGCGAUCCCUUGCUGUGCCCUGGGACCCUGUAUGCUAGCGGCUGAUCUGCAGGGCCUGCAACCUUGGUAGCCUGCGAUUACAAACUGCGGUAUACUCUAGAAGCGCUUGAGGAGGAACUAAGUAGCACUCAGCAUGGCUGGAAUCCCAGGGCUCUUCAUCCUUCUUGUCCUGCUCUGUGUGUUCAUGCAGGUGAGCCCCUACAAUGUUCCGUGGAAACCCACAUGGCCGGCUUACCGCCUCCCUGUAGUCUUGCCUCAGUCUACCCUUAAUUUAGCUAAGCCGGAUUUUGACGCCAAAGCAAAAUUGGAGGUGUCCUCCUCAUGUGGACCCCAGUGUCACAAGGGAACACCACUGCCCACCUACGAAGAGGCCAAGCAGUACCUUUCCUAUGAAACCCUUUAUGCCAAUGGCAGCCGCACAGAGACUCAGGUGGGCAUCUACAUCCUCAGCAAUGGUGAAGGCAGGGCACGAGGCAGAGACUCGGAGGCCACAGGGAAAUCGCGCAGGAAGAGGCAGAUUUAUGGCUAUGAUGGUAGGUUUAGCAUUUUCGGGAAGGACUUCUUGCUCAACUAUCCUUUCUCAACAUCGGUGAAGUUGUCUACUGGCUGCACCGGCACUCUAGUGGCAGAGAAGCACGUCCUCACUGCUGCCCACUGCAUACACGAUGGGAAAACUUAUGUGAAAGGGACACAGAAACUCCGAGUGGGCUUCCUGAAGCCCAAGUAUAAAGAUGGUGCUGGAGGGGAUAACAGCUCGAGCUCAGCCAUGCCAGAUAAGAUGAAAUUUCAGUGGAUCCGCGUGAAACGCACCCAUGUGCCCAAGGGGUGGAUCAAGGGCAAUGCCAAUGACAUCGGCAUGGAUUAUGACUACGCCCUUCUGGAACUCAAGAAACCCCACAAAAGAAAGUUCAUGAAGAUUGGUGUGAGUCCUCCAGCAAAGCAGCUCCCCGGGGGCAGGAUCCACUUCUCUGGUUAUGACAAUGACCGUCCCGGCAAUUUGGUGUACCGCUUCUGUGACGUCAAAGACGAGACCUAUGACCUUCUCUACCAGCAGUGUGAUGCCCAGCCCGGAGCCAGUGGUUCAGGAGUCUAUGUGAGGAUGUGGAAGAGACCACAGCAGAAAUGGGAAAGAAAAAUUAUUGGCAUCUUUUCAGGGCACCAGUGGGUGGACAUGAAUGGCUCUCCACAGGAUUUCAAUGUGGCAGUUAGAAUCACACCUCUUAAAUAUGCCCAGAUUUGCUACUGGAUUAAAGGAAACUACCUGGAUUGCAGAGAGGGGUGACAUGUGUCUUCUUGCCAGCACCGAUGGUCUUUUUUGCACUCAUUGUAGAGAGGCUAGCUUUUUAUCAUUGACUCUUAUGGUGUGUGUCACAUAGUAUCUUUUACCUAAUAUUCUUCAAAUGGCAAAACUAUUGGCUAUAUUAUUUUAAAACUGUUGUGUGCAUUAUAGCAUUUAAGCAGUCUGAAAGCAUACUUUUGCAUAGAGACUUUAAAAUAUUGAUGUUUGGGAUAAUAGGGAACAUUUGGCAAGUAAGUUAAACUUUCAGUUUUUGGAGAAUUCUGAUUUUUGUCUUAUCCAAACUUGCUUCAGAGGUUUAUAUCAAAUAUGUGACAUAUGGGGUAUAUGAUUUCUUAUGUUUGUAUAUGUUUCCUGCUGAGAGUCAUAUAUUGAUAUUUUUGUAAUGUGUGGUUAUAAUGCUUCCAAGGGAUGAUAGCAAAGCCUUCAGUAGGCAAUUACAAUGUUUUGGAUUCAAACAUUUACAUAGUAGUCCUUGAAGUGAAACAAUAAUUUAUUGGCUAUAUUGAUACACACAUAAAGCUGUAUCUUACAGUGCACAGAGUUCCCAUGCUGUUUUUAGUUUUGAAAAUAAAACUUUCUCUUCUAAAAACUGCUGUUCUGCUUUGUGGGAAGUCUGUAUACAGUUCUGCAAACCUUGCUAUCACACCAGAGUAGGCAAGACCAUUUAUCCCAAUCCCUCCUCUUAACAAGAUUUUAUUCGCAUAUCUGAAGCUAACAGUUUCUGGAAAGACAGUAAGUGCAGCCUAAUUAGAACAGACUGAAAAGCUUCCCAGCUAGCAGUUUCGGCUACAAUAAAAACAAUUCUUGGAUUUUCUCCCCACAGUGAGGCACAUCUCACUGUUUAUCAUUUGGAUGAGUAAUUUAAAAUGAAUUAAAUUCCAGGGAACAAUGGAUGCAUUGCUCUAUAGAUGCCACUGCAGAAUAACCACUUGUCUGAAACCUAGCAUAUUCACAAGCCUAAUCCAGAAUUAGUCUGCUUAGUUUUUCAACGCUUCCAGAGAGCUUUACAUUUGUUUAGUUUCUCUUUCACUGUACUUAUUUUAUAGUUUUAAAAAAUGUUUGGAAGUUGCAUUAAGGAAAACCAGGAUAACUUUAUUUUCCCAUAUUCAAAGUGGGGUCUCUUGCUGGAAUGGUCUAGACUAUAGGCACAUAUAAACAGACGCAGCAGUCAGAAAAACAAUGGAAGAUGGUGGGUGAGAUGGCCCAGCAGGCAAGGGUAUUUGCUGCCAAUUCUGACAGCCUGAGUUCAAUUCCUGGGACCCAAACGUGGAAGAGGAGAACUGACUCCCACAAGUUGACCUCUGACCUCCACAGAUGCACAGUGGCACAUCAGUUCAUUUCCCAUAAAUAAACAAAUGUCAUUUAAAAAUCAGGGGGCUGGGGGAUGGCUAAGUAGUGAAGAAUGUUAGCUGAGAGAGCACGUGGACCAAAAUUCAAUUCCCCUGCACUCCCAUAAAAAAUACAACAUAGAUGCUUGUAAUCCCAGCACCAUCAGGGACAAAGAUAGGAUUGAUGGUCCUUGCUGGCUUCUGGCCAGCUCCAAGCUCAUAGAGAGACUUUGCUGCAGAGGAAUAAAGCAGAGAAUGUUAGAGCAGAACACUGGAUGUCCUCCUCUGGUGAUACACAUACACACACACACACACACACACACACACACACACACACACACACACACAUACACACCGAGACACUCAGACACACACAAACACACACACAUGCACACACACAGAGACACACAGACACAGAGACACACUGCAAAAAAUAAUUCAGACAAUGAAAGAAUGCAAAACCUAAUGAGAAUCAUAUAUUCUAGUAAAUGCUGUGUGAACAGAAUCACAGCAUAAAAAGAAAUUACUGACUUAUUUUGCAGUUUCAUCUUCUGACUCUUAACCUAAUUUUAUCAGUAAGGAGACAAGCAAUAGGAGGUUGAUGUUUGAGGUGUUGCAUUCUGGGUAAUUUUAGCUUGCUGGGUAAUUUUGUGGCUCUGAGGACAUUCAAAUAUGACACUGUCAGUUAACCAUUCUCCUGGUGGCUUGUGUUUCUUGAGCUUUAUGAGGGAUACUCCUGGUAAGGCCCUGGAGAAUGUGCCACAUGCACUCUUCAUAUCAGGGCUGGGGGGAAUACGAUGAUUUCUAGUACAUUGCUUUGAAAUCUAGCACAAAUCUCAUCCAACUUGAGGAAGAAGAGGCAUGUCCAUUACUAUGUCCGGUCCAUGGGAGUUCUGCUUGCUUUUGCACAUGUAUGCAAGAGGUGCAGUGUGGAGGGGGGACUUUGAAAAUAGACAAUCCUUUUAUGAAUCUCCUUGAGUUUUAGAUUUGGGAUUUUUAAAAAUAAAGUUAGAGAGUGGCACAAAUCAAAAUAAUAAUGGUUCUUAACUUACAAUUCAAUGCCAUGUACUAGAGAAUAGUACCCAUAUGUGUGGAAUGGUAAAAGAAAAUGAUGAACUAUUUCAAUAUGUUCAUCUUUUCACUAGUGAUUAACUGCGGUGUUAAAGUGUCAUAGUAGGACCAGGGAGAUGGCUCAGUGUACAAUUACUUUUUCUGCAAGUGUGAAGACCAGAGUUCAGAUCCCCAGGACCCACAAAACAGCUGGGAAGCCUACAAUCCCAGACACAAGAAAAGAGAGACAGUAGAUCCUGGAGCAGGCUAGCUAGACUAUCCAGAAGCAGCAAACUCCAUUCAGCACAGAUCUUAUCUCAAUAAAUACAGUAUGGAGCAUGGAGGAAGAUACAUGACACUGAUUUUUUACGUACUUAGGCAUAUGCACUGGCAUGUACACACACACACACAUGCAAACAUAUGCACACACGGGCAUACACCAUACACACACACAACAAAAGAAGCAAGUGUCACAGCAAUUGAAAGAAUGACUUUCUGGUAGCAAUGUAACGAAUAGUACACCUGUACUAGUUGUGAACACUGUAACAGUGUAUUUCUACCAAGGCUAGUAGAACCAUAGUUUCUAAAACAUGUCCCUGAACUACAUGCCAUUCCAAGUUUUCUGCCAAAACUGAAAAGGGUACUGUCAUCAACUGGGAGGGAGAUACCUCUUAAUGCCCCCUCUCCUGUUUGCACACACAAAAAAACUAUAAAAACAUCGUAUAGGAAAGAGACCUGUGACUAUUUUUAAAUCUGCAUUUCAGCCAACGUGUCUGGUCAUAGAACCUUUGCUUCCUUUCUCCCUUACUGCUUCCAAGAAGCUCGCCCUUGCCAGAUAUUUUAGCUGUGGUUGUACAAAUCUCUUUGUCAUGGAGAGAGAGAAGAAGAUGUGAUGAGCUACGAAUUAGGUUGGGUAUCUGUGCCUUUGGGGCUUACUUAAACCUUGUAACUAGAAUCCAGAGAUGUGUAGAGCAUAAAAUGGAAGAAUAAA